AUGGUUGUUGGAGGUCCUAAUGCUAUAAACGAUUAUCAUAUUAACCAAACAGAGGAACGGUUUUGUCAGUAUAAAGAAGAAAUGUGCUUAAAAGUCGUUGAUAGCGGGGAAUUUAAAGACAUCACUAAUGGGAGGGUGAAAUGCUCUUAUUGCCUGGGACAACUUUGCGACAGGAAGGUUCAUCCAAAAAUUAUGACCAAUUGCGAUGAAAUUGAAUUCGAGGAUCAUGAACGACUGCUAGAGAUCAAUAAUUCUCAGUCAAGAACCCUUUACUACGGAAACAAAUAUCACGACACUUAUGAUGGAAACUUUCUAGAAUAA